CCCAGUUCCUCCCAGUUCCUCCCAGUUCCUCCCAGUCCGCGAUGCUGCCGCUGCUGCUGGCGGCGCUCGGAGCCCCCGGGGCGGCCCCGUUCGUGCUGCAGGUGGCCUCGUUCUGCUCGCUGGCCACCGACGGCUCCUUGGUGGCCACCAACGGCUCUCAGGAGGUGGAGGUGGCGCUGUCGCGGUUCCCGCUGGUGUGCGGCGACCUGCGGGGACCCCGCGCCGGCCCCUGCCAGCAGGGGGGGCCCUUGGGGACACUUGGGGACAUCCUGGCGCGGGCGCUGGCCCAGGACAGCAGGUGGGGACAGCGGCUGCGCCAGCGGCAGCGGCUCUGCCAGGAGCUGCCCAAGAGGGUGUGGCCACCACUGAGAGCGCCGCCGCGGCUGCGCAUCGUCCCCGAGCGCUCUGGCUCCGCGCUGGCCCUGACGUGUUACGCCUGGGGCUUCUCCCCCGCUGACAUCACCAUGAGGUGGCUCUGCAACGGUGACAUCAUUGGGGACGUCGCCGAGGACAGCGUUGGCGACGCCGUUGGCGGCAUCGUCGGCGACGCCGUCGGCGACACUUCGAGACAAUCGCGGGUGCUGCCGGUGGGGGACGGAACGUUCCGGGCGCAGGCGACGAUCCAGGUGCCACCGGGGACAUCUGGGGACACUUUCGAUUGCGUGGCGCUGCACCCCAGCCUGGAGGAGCCCCUCAGAGUCACGUGGGCCCCGGGUCUGUCGCCGCGGCUGUCGCUGCUGGUGGCCCUGGCGGUUCUGGCGCUGCUCCUGGGGCUCCUCAUCCUCACCUUCGGCCUCCGCCGCUUCCUGCGCGCAGGUUACACCCCGCUCCCCGGUGCCACCCACGCAGGUUACACCCCGCUCCCCGGUGACACCUACGCAGGCAGCAUCUGAGGACCCUCCCAGGACGGUGACGACGACGGGGCCCGAAAACCCUGAAAAUCACCCCAAAAUUCUGCCCCAAAAUCCCCAAAUCGCCCUCAAAAAUCCCCCCUAAAAAAAACCCCCCAAAAUCCCCUAAACCCCACCCAAAAAUCCACCCCAAAAUCCCUUUAAAAAAAAAAAAAACAAAAAAAUCCCCAAAAAUUCCCCCCAGCCCCUCACAAAAAUAUAAAUUUCCAAAAUUUGCCCCCCAAGAAAUCCUCCCCAAAAUCCUCAAAAAUCCCCCUAAAAAACACCCAAAAAUUAAAAAAAAACCCCAAAAUACCCCCAAAUACUCCCAAAAAUCCCCUAAAAAUCUCUCUCAAAUCCCAUUGAAAAUCCCCUAAAAAAUUCCCUAAAAUUCCCCCUCAAAUCCCGUUAAAAAUCCCCAAAAAAAUUCCCCGAAUUUCCCCCUCAAAUCCCAUAGAAACACCAAAAAAUUCCCAAAAAUUCCCUCUCAAAUCCCAUUAAAAAUCCCCCCAAAAAUCCCCAAAAAUCCCUCUCAGAUCCCAUUAAAACCCCCCAAAAAAAUUCCCCCAAAAUCCCUCUCAAAUCCCAUUAAAAAUCCCCAAAAAAAGCCCCAAAACCCCCCUCAAAUCCCAUUAAAAAUCCCCUAAAAAAACCCAAAAAUCCCCCUCAAAUCCCAUUAAAAAUCCUCAAAAAUUCCCCCAAAAUCCCCCUCAAAUCCCAUUAAAAAUCCCCUAAAAAAUCCCAUAAAUCCCUCUCAAAUCCCAUUAAAAAUCCCCUAAAGAAUCCCAUAAAUCCCUCUCAAAUCCCAUUAAAAAUCCCCAAAAACUUCCCCCAAAAUCCCCCUCAAAUCCCAUUAAAAAUCCUCAAAAAAAUCCUCCUCAAAUCCCAUUAAAAUCCCCUAAAAAAUCCCCAAAAUCCCCUUCAAAUCCCAUUAAAAAUCCUCCAAAAUUUCCCCAAAAUCCCCCUCAAAUCCCAUUAAAAACCCCCUAAAAAAUCCCCAAAAUUCCCCCUCAAAUCUCGUAGAAACACCAAAAAAAAAUCCCCGAAAUUCCCCUCAAAUCCCGUUAAAAACCCCAUAAAAAACCCAAAAAUCCCCCUGUCCUAAUUUAGAACAAAUUUGGGAGAAAACCUCCGGAAGGAUCCCCCAGAAAUGUGAAAAAAAAAAAAACAAAAAAAAAAAAAAUUUAUUGAACAAGCAACCUUAACCUGAGCUGGUUAAAAAAGCAUCUUAUGUAGCGCAUUUUCCAUUUUUACAUCGCGUUAUAACCCAAAAAUACAUUUAUUUAACGCGCUACUUGAGAGAAUUAACAAAACACAACUUUCCGGACAUUACACGUUUAAUAUU